UGGAAGUUGGAACAUUACAAGUACUUUCCCUUUCUGUCAUAAAAACAGUUCCAACUUCCCAAGUCAUCGAAAACCCAAAGGUCAAUACUUCAAAUCUUUCAUUCAUAUUUUCUCUUCUCUAUUUAUACGUAUUCUUUGUGUUUAACUCAUGAACUAGAAAAAUCCAAAAUCAUCUUCAGAAAAAGGAAGAACAAUGGUUUUUGGUGUAGCAAAGGAAGAAUAUACUAUUACCAAAGAAAUAAUGACAAAAUUAUCAGUUGCUAAUGAUAAAGAAGAAAAAGAGGAAAACAAUUUGUGUAUCUCUCCAAUUGAAAUAUCAUCAUUUCGAUGUUUGAAUACGAAGAAGAAGAAGCUUCUUGUUAUUGAUUUGAAUGGUCUACUUGCUGACAUAGUUUUUCCACCUCCGAAUCAUGCUAAACCAGAUGCAUUUGUAGCGCGGAAAGCAUUAUUCACAAGGCCAUUUUACCAUGAGUUUCUGAACUUCUGCUUUGAGAGAUUUGAUGUGGCUGUGUGGUCUUCAAGAUUGAAGAAAAAUGUGGACAUUGUCAUUGAUUAUAUGAUGGGAGACAUGAAACAAAAGUUGAUUUUCUGUUGGGAUCUGUCACAUUGCACCGAAACAAGUUUCACAACUCUUGAAAACAGGCACAAACCACUUGUUUUUAAGGAUUUGAGGAAAAUUUGGGAGAAGUAUGAUCCUAAUCUUCCUUGGGAGAAGGGAUAUUACAAUGACUCAAACACAUUGCUUUUGGAUGACUCACCUUACAAGGCACUGCUAAAUCCUCCAUGGAAUUCAAUAUUUCCUCAUACAUACAGUUAUGAAAAUCAGAAAGACAAUUCAUUAGCUUUGGGAGGCGAUCUACGGCAAUAUCUGGAUGGACUAGCUAAUGCUGAAAGUAUGAUCAAGUAUGUAGAAGAACAUCCAUUUGGUCAAGAACGCAUCACCGAAAGAAAUCGAUUCUGGAACUUCUACCUCAAUGUUAUCAAUAGUCUUUCUUUGUCAACAUGAAGAGUGAAAAAUAUUGGUUUCCUUCAAUUGGAAUAUUGUGAUGAAUUUAGUUAGUCUGUUAGGCUAAACUGCUGUAUUAGAACUGUGUAUUAUUGCAUGGUUACAUAUUAAGUGCCCUUUUUUGUGUAUGGAUUUUAAUUAUGGUUUUUCCUUUUUUGGAGUAAAUGUACAAGGGAUGAAGAAUUUUGAUAACAAAUCUUGUUGGUUUGAACUUUGAAGAACUUUUUUGUAUAAAUGAAUUUAAUAGAUUUGUUUUGUGAUUA